CAGAUGGGUCUACAGUAUGUGCCUAAGUUUGUGCAUUCUUGUGAUCCAUAUGGGAUUAUCAUAACAGCACACAAGGGUCUUGUGUAACCGGUCAUGUUCAGUAAAUGGUGGAAGGUUAAAAGUCAAAUGACGGUCAUGCUGUGGGAGUGUAUGAACUCUCAGGAAACAGUCAUUUAGACAAGAACACCCACAAGGAUGUUUAAUUUAUCCCACAGUAUACAAUGUUUUAAUUUGAUUGUGUAUCUCCUCUAGGCUCGCCCUGCUCUGGGGCUUAACUGCUGAGCAUGCUGGGAAAAGCUCCGCCUACAACCAGUAGCCUAAACCUGGUCACCUCUGAGGUGUCUGACGCCACAUCGGACCCCGACGCUCACGACGGAAUCACCAUGGCCGAACUGGUGGAGAGCCUGGACACCAGAGAGCUGGACAUGGGGGAGGGAGAGGAGAUCGAGUAUGAUGGAGGCUACUUGGGGGACUGUCGUAUCCCAUUUUCAGCGGUGUAUGCCACAGUGGGCUUCAAGGAGGCCAACGCCAAGGUCUACCUUCCCACUGUGCCCAUCACCGCCCGGAUACUGGAGGUGGAGAGAUUCACCGCCGCACAGGACCGCUUCAACCUGUCGCACCAGAGGAGUGUCAACAAGUCCCUGCCGGCAGUGUUUAAGAUCGAGCUGAAGCAUGGUGAGUUUACCUGGGUGGUUAAGAGGAAGGAGAAACAUUUCAUGGAGCUGCACAAAGAGCUGCAGACGUACAAGACCCUCAUGAGGAUCCCGCUGCCGUCCCGCAGCCACACGGUGAGGAGAAGAACGGUGAGGAAGAACGAGGUGAGGGAGAUGCCGUCCCUGCCGAGGGGAGGGGGAGACGAGCUGGUGAGAGACGAGCAGGUCUCCAGCAGGAAGAGACAAUUAGAGGACUAUUUGGACAAGCUGCUGAGGAUGGCCAUGUACCGCAAAUAUCACCAUACUAUGGAGUUCAUUGACAUCAGCCAGAUGUCCUUUAUCCAUGACUUGGGGCCCAAAGGACUGGAAGGGAUGAUCUACAAGCGAUCAGGCGGACAUCGUAUCCCCGGGAUGAACUGCUGCGGCCACAGCCAGGCCUGCUACCGCUGGUCCAAACGGUGGUUGGUGGUGAAGGACUCGUGUCUUCUAUACAUGAAGCCAGACUCGGGGGCCAUCUCUUUCGUCCUGCUGUUGGAUAAAGACUUCUGCAUCAAGAUGGACUCCAAAGACACAGAGACCAAACAUGGAGUCCGGGUGGACAGCCUCUCCAGGGUGCAGGAGUUGAUGGGCGGAGAGCAGAGGGAGACUGGACGAAUCCCGCGCACCGUGGAAUGUCACCUGAACUCCGACCUCUGUGACAGCUGCGUCCCUGGAGACACCGUCACUGUGACGGGGAUAGUUAGAGUUACCAAUGAUGGUAGUUCCCGGGGGAAUAAGGAUCAGUGUAUGUUCCUCCUCUACCUCGACGCCACUUCAGUCAGCAAUACUAAAGGGCAUCACUCCAAGUCAGGCCAGGGCUCUCCUGAAGAUCGCUCUGGAGGAGAGGAGUUCAGUCUGAAGGAGCUGUACGCCAUCCAGGAGAUCCAGUCCCAGCCCGACCUGCUGAGACUCAUCGUACAGUCUUUGUGUCCUGUCAUCUACGGCCACCUGCUGGUGAAAGCUGCUCUGUCCCUGGUGUUGUUUGGAGGCCGACAGAAACACACGGGGAAGAACAGCGUCCCCGUCAGAGGAGACCCUCACAUCCUGAUGGUGGGAGACCCCGGCCUGGGGAAGAGUCAGAUGCUGCAGGCAGUGUGUAAUGUGGCUCCCAGAGGAAUCUAUGUCUGUGGCAACAGCACAAGCACCACAGGACUCACAGUGAGUUUAUCCAGAGACGCAGGAACAGGAGAUUUUGCUCUCGAGGCCGGGGCCUUGGUGCUGGCUGACCAAGGUCUGUCAGCAGACACAUUUUAA